UUCAGGUCAGCUGAGCGAAACAAGAGAGAGCGACCAUAUCAUAGCGUAAUUUCGUUCGUUUCUUCCUUCGAAGUACCCGAUGAACGCGUCCACGUUCGUACGCACUGUGCAUUUAGACUCGACCGAUGUCGAGCUCGCCAUACAUCAGUGGACGGAAGGCGACGUGGGCUGCGUCGUGUGGGACGGCGCGCUCGUGCUGGGUAAAUACAUCGACCACAAGAACUGUGUGGGCGAAUGGGAUGCGAAGAAAAAUGUUCUGGAAUUGGGCUCGGGAACGGGUAUCGUCGGCAUCAUUACUGCCAGCUUUGGGAACGAUGCCUUGCUCACCGACCUCCCGCAGUUUGUGCCUCUGUUGGAGAAGAACCUCGAAGAAAACCGUGACCGCCUCAGAGGAAAGGCAUCCGUCAGGACGCUAGAGUGGGGCGCCCCACCUGACACAUACAUGGUCGCCCCCGAUGUCAUGCUCAUAAGCGAAUGCGUCUACUACGACAAGGCUGUGGACCCGCUGCUGAAGACUAUGACAGAGUUGUGCGGUCCGAACACGGAGAUGCUCGUAUCUUACGAGGACAGGGACAACGAUGCGAACUCGGCGGCGGUCGCCCGCUUCCUCCGGGGUUGUCGGCAACAUUUCCUCAUCGAAGAGGUGCCCAGCAAGGAGCAACACCCGGAUUUCUCCAGCCACGACAUUCACAUCUUGAAGCUGAGACCCAUUGAGCAGUGAAAAAAAAAAAAGAAAAAAAAGAGAUCA